CUUCAAACGACGGUGGCGCUUUGAGUUGUCCCCUCCCCCGAAACGUCGUAUCAGGUUUAUAUAUUAUACAAAUAUGUAUGAUAUCGUUUUUACAAACACUUACUACGAGCCUGGGGCGUGACCAUGGAGGAUAACGCUAGUGGAUGAUUGGCAGAUGAACAGACCACAGUUAAGGUUGAGUCGCUUGAAGCCUAACUACGAUUGGUUGAUUUAGCUGGUAGACGGAAGCGAGGAGUAAGAAGAGAGACUGUCGGUGAAAUGGGUCUGUUAACCAUCCUAAAGAAAAUGAAACAGAAGGAGCGGGAAGUCCGUCUACUUAUGCUAGGUCUAGAUAAUGCUGGUAAAACAACUAUCCUAAAAAAGUUUAAUGGUGAGGACAUCGAUACUAUCUCUCCAACCCUGGGAUUCAACAUCAAGACCUUGGAACAUCGAGGCUUCAAGUUGAACAUGUGGGAUGUGGGAGGUCAGAAGUCCUUGCGUUCAUACUGGAGGAACUACUUUGAAAGCACUGAUGGGUUGAUCUGGGUUGUUGACAGUGCUGACCGUGCACGAUUACAGGAUUGUGGGCAAGAAUUAUCUGGGCUUCUGCUGGAAGAGAGAUUGGCUGGUGCAACCUUAUUAGUGUUUGCCAACAAGCAGGAUCUGCCUGGUGCCCUUUCAAAGGAUGCAAUAAGAGAGGCACUGGACUUAGAUAACAUCAAGUCUCAUCACUGGUGUAUACAAGGAUGCAGUGCAGUAACCGGGGAGAAUCUCCUUGCCGGGAUAGACUGGUUACUGGAUGAUAUUUCCAGCCGCAUUUUUACAGCCGACUGAAAAACUCUGAAAGGAGAUGAAUCAGGUGGUCACAGCUUGGAAGAAUGAACAUUCUGUUAAGUUAUUGUUUUGUGGCCACUCUGAUUCGGUCUAACAAACUGAUGGCUAGCAAAACUAGAGAGCGAAGCACUUACAAAGCUAGCACAGAAAAGAGAACCUGCUAACUAAAAGUCAUGUACACAGAAAAACAACAUUUCACUGGUAUCUUAUUAAAAUGUCACAACAUCUCUACAUCCUUGUGAGAUAACGCUUUGUAAAAUGUAACAUAAAUCACUAACCAUAUUCUACAUGCGUUUGAUUUAGCAAUCUUGAAAGUCAUUCUAAAUGCAGUUUGUUGGAGUAUAUUCUAGUUAAGUGACCCUAAGUUAUUCAGUUAUUCCAUUGUAAAAUAUUGUACAUUUGGGGUACAGCAAUGGCUUAUCCAUAAGCCAGUGACAGACUUGGGGGAGACACAAUAUACCAUGUAUACCCUACAGUCUUAAUUAUACAAAUAGUUUUGUAUAUACACUAUGUAUUUAUUGAUAUUCUUUUGUAUGUGUUGGGUUUGAACUAGCUGCUAUGUGCACCAUCAUCUGCAAACAAUAUUAUAAAAUGUUUGACCAAUUGGCAUCCUGUGUGAUGAGAGAGGUGCACAAUUUACUUUCUAGCUCUGACCUUGCCAAUGCAACAACCUGGUUGACAAGCUUGCUACCCAGAGCUAGAAAUGAAAAGAGGAUGUUGAGGAGUGUACAGAAGGGAGAUGAUUCAAUUACCAAAA